UCUUUUUAUUGGUUAAAAGCUGUACCUAAAUAUAAAAAAUUUUAGUCAUGAUGUAGGAACCAUAAUUCUGUAAUACUGUCAAAUCGUGUAAAUAGUAAACAAAACCAACAAAAAAUCUUCAACAGGGCUGAUUGGUUUGUUAUUUUGAUACUUCAUUGCCCUUUGAUCAAUUUUGAAAUAAAAUAUAUAAGUACAUACCAAGUAAGAUAAAUAAAUAAUAUAAUACCACGUUUAAAUAUCUACGAAAAUCAAUGUGUAAAAAUUGUCUACGUAGUUAAGUAUUUUAAUUAUAGGUAACUAAUAAGUUUUUUGGGAAAUACAAAAUGAUUUUAAAAAUAUGCAGAAGUUUUAAAUAUCUUGUACUACAAAAGCGCUUCAUUAAGUAUAUUCAAGGUCAGGAGCCAGAGCCAAAGAUAAGGGAAUACUUUUAUUAUGUAGAUCAUCAGGGUAUGCUCUUUUUGGAUGACUCAAAAAUGAAAAAUUUCACAUCAUGUUUCAAGGAGAAGAAAUUUUUAGAAUUUUUCUUUAAAAGAAUAAGAUUGAAUAAUUCUGGAAGAUAUCAAGAUGAAUUCCCUUUUAUAUCAAUGUGUGGAAGAGAACGUAAUUUUAUACGAUGUGAUGAUGUUCCAAUUGUUUAUACCCAUAUGAUUUCACAUCUUGAAAAAGACUUUUUGACUUACGGGUAUGCAGGAGAGAUGAUGAGAAUUGAAUUUGAUCCUGAAAAAAUUUAUAUGUUGCCAACUACAGGAAGAGUUUAUCAUCCUGCAGAUGAUAAGUAUGGAGGAAUUGGGUUGAUUAGAUCUAAGUUAGCAAUUGAGCUUAGUAAGAAUUUUCAAUUCAGUAAUGGUGAUACUGUGCCUAGUCACUUCACAUGGAAAGACAAACAUUAUAAGUUAGAUCAAAAUUGGUUUCAAGAGAAGGUUGAUAAGUUUAAAAUAAAAGUUAAAAGUGACCCUGAUUAGUUGUAUUGAUUCAACAAAUUUUAAUUUAUUGGGAAGUUAACAUACCUAAGCUUAAAAGUUGUAUAGAUUGUUUUAUUGUGCCUUUGUAUAAAAUAAAUAAAAAUUGUAUUUACUUA